ACGCUGCCUUUGGUGGUUUAGUGUUAAAACAGUAUCAUCGCCCAUUGCGAUCGGGUCGCUCUUCUUCAUUAGUUAAGUAAACGGUACUUUGGAACAAAAAACAAAAUGGAUGACGACGCGCAAAGAGUAGCAAUUUUAAGAAAAGCAUUCCAAAUGUUCGAUCCGUCCAACACUGGAUCGAUUGAAACGGCGAAGAUUAGCACGAUCUUGAACAGCAUGGGUCAAGUGUUCGAUCACAAAGAACUUUCCGAAAUGAUCAAGGAAAACGACCCUGAAAGUAGCGGAAGGGUGGAUUUUGAAGGAUUCAGCAUGAUUGCCACCCGCUUCCUUGAAGAAGACGACGCUGAAAGCACCCAACAGGAGCUCAAGGAAGCUUUCAGGUUAUACGACAAAGAAGGAAACGGAUAUAUCACAACAGCCACCCUUAAGGAAAUCUUGGCCGCCCUCGAUGACAAACUAACGGGAAGGGAACUUGAUGGUAUUAUUGCAGAAAUCGAUACUGAUGGAUCAGGAACUGUAGAUUUCGAUGAAUUCAUGGAAAUGAUGACUGGCGAUUAAACAAAACAAAACAAAACAAGGACACCAAAUACAGCAUAUCCUUUUUAUUUCAUUGUAUUUACUUGAACACCAUAUUAAAGACAAUUAAUUAAAUUAUUAUUAUUAUUAAAUGCUUGCAAGAACCAAUAAUUAUCUUUUAUAAACUACCUAUAGUAAAAAUAAAAAAAGCCAUUCUAAA